AACAGGCCCAGACACUGAAAGUCAAAAUAUCUGUGUUUCUCUUGUUGCUGUCAAUGUAUCCAUUGCUUGAAAUGGCUUCCAGUAAGUAUGUUGAAGGCCACCUGACUACAGCUGAGAACUGGGCAUUUGUUGCACGUUUCUGCUUCCUGUCAGAAAAGGGCCAGUUUGAGUACAUGAUAGAGUAUGAAAUGGAAUACGCUGUUCAGAACCUGCUGCUCUACCAUGACGUAAUCACCCAAUGGCCAGGGGUGUACAAGACAGGCAAGACGUGUCUGGAGAAAGAGUCGGUCUUGAACGUGACACUUCACCAGGUGGUCAACCUCACCGCAGAGGGAACAGCUGGUCUGUCAUCAGGCUGUGUGUUCCAUAAUAACAGCCAGCAGAAGAAGGGCUGGCUAAGUUGUCAUGAUGCGAGGAGGUUCCGCAGUGCCCGCGAGCGUUGGUGGUUUCUGGCCAUCAGCAACUGCAAUGCUACUAAGGGACUGAACUUGCGAUACAAGUUUCUGAUGACAAAUGGCCCACCUGGGGAUUACUGGCAUGAACACUUCUCAGCUGAUGAAUUCUAUAUCUUGCCGAACCUGAUGGCAUCCUGCAUUGCAUACCUGCUGAUGAUUCUGGCCAUUGUGAUGUGCACAGUGGAGCUGAAGGCACGGCAACUCUUCCACAUGACAUACAAACUGUUUGUUGCCUCUGUGCUGCUCCAGGAGUUGGGGAACAUCCUUCAGAGUGCAGCAUACAUAAAGUAUGCACUUGAUGGAAUUGGCUUUCCCAGAACGAAGACCCUGGGCCGCGUGUGUGAGUCUGCUAGUGAGAUUGUGUACCUCCUCCUCUUACUUCUGCUGGCAAAGGGCUUCACAGUCACACGUGGCAGGCUGCGGCUGGCCUCUUCCAUCAAGCUCACCAUCUUCAUGUGUCUGUACGUUGUGACGUACACUGUUCUCUUUGUGUAUGAGAGACAGUUCUUUGAUCCUGGAGAGGUACUGUACCUGUACGAGUCUCCGCCUGGUUAUGGAAUUAUCUUCCUGCGCAUCAUAGCUUGGUGGAUGUUCAUGUACUCCACCAUAUUCACACUCAAACACUAUCCAGAGAAGGCAAGAUUCUACUAUCCAUUCAACAUCGUGGGAACCUUGUGGUUCAUGGCUGGUCCAUUAUUCAUCCUGGCUGCAAAUAAUCUCAUAGACAAGUGGGUAAGAGAGAGUGUUGUUUGUGGCGUGCUGCACAUCAUUGCUCUAGUUGGCCACAUCUUGUUCCUUUGCCUCACACUGCCAUCUAGAGCAAACAAAGUUUUCCCUUACCACGUUCGGACAACUCAGAUAGGAGUCCUGCAAGUGCAGGAUGUCAUGGACUCUGAUACAACGUUUCCAUUCAGACAUCACCAAUAUGCACCUUCAGCACCACCACGACCACGCCAAAAUGUACACCCACUGGUGGGUGAGUGGGUUACAGAUGUGCCACUAGAGCUGUUUACUAUCAGCCAGUCCGUUACUGUGGAUCCAAGUAUGAGACCAACUGCACCAAAGUCACAUGACACUGGUCAUCUCACAUACCCGUUCCAGCAGCCUGACUCCAGACCACCACCACUGGAGCCCUAUGACUCAUUCCUUGCACCAAGUCAGAUCACCAGGACCUGAGUUAUCACAAAAAGUAAGAGCGGCUCCUGCUCCGCCAAGUGCCAUGAAGGUACUACAGGAUGGUAAUUGUGAACAGUUGCCUGGAAGUGUUAAUACAUAUGGACUCUAGGUUUACCUCGUUUGUUGCUAGUCUGAAUCUGUGCAGCACAAGUUGAUGAGAAAAGUGAGUGACCGCAUAAACAGUGAGGAGGUACCUGCUCUCUCCAUUUUCAGGGUACAGUAAUCCUUUUACAGGUCCUUGUUGAUUGACCUACCACCCCCCCUUCCUUCUUCCCCUUAUCCUGCUUUCAAUUGGUUAUUCACUGCAUUCAACAUAGCUGCUGCUUCAUAGGACUCAGUGGAUCUACAUACUGGGAGCCCUACUUCAUGCCUCAACACUCCUACUAAAACUGUGACCAUCCAAACUUCCUCCUUGCAUUCAUCCUCAAAAAAAUACACUCUCUCCUACCCUGAAGUCGGAGACAGCGGAUUCCUCUGAAAUAUUGGUACCUGUGUACCAUACUACAUGGUCUGACAUCCCAGAAGGUAGUAAUCCUCAUAUUCACUGCAGAUACCUCACGUCUCAGAAAUAUAAUGAGAAUUAUGAGAAAAAUAUUAAAAGAAGGUACCAUUUUGUGUGUCAAUCUUCAUGUAAUGUCCUGUUUUUAAAUAUUAGUCAGAAGUAAUUUUUAUAAGGCAUGCGAAAAGGAUUUAAACAGUAAUACCCAAUAUAAGGAGAACUUAUUGAAUUUUUCAGGUACUGGAAGAGCAAAUAAACUGACAUAUGGCAUCCCUGGAACAGCUCUUUUAAGCUGAGAAGCCUUAAAAUAUUCUUAUUGAUUACAGUCUUUAAAAUUAAUUUCUUUCUCAGUGUAAUUUUUCUCCACCUGCAAGUAUGUGUGAAAGAGAGCAAGAAACGUUAAAGUAAAGUGGACACACAUGAUUUUUUAGUUCAUGUGCAGAUGUGCACAGUAUCAGAAAUUGCCUCUCUACAAAAAAAAAAUACUUUCUCCUUCUACAUCAGAGUAAGAAGUUGCAAUUUCAGAUGAUAAAAACGUGGAUAGACAUAACAACUACAAUGCUGCACAUCUGUGGUAAACUGAGUUACACUGCAGGUGCAGCAUAACUCACACUGAAGAUAUCACAGAACUGAUUUCUUACAUUUCUGCUUCAUCUUCAGAAUAAAUUACCGGAUUAGAAAGGUCAUUCAGUUAACAAUCAACUACCAAUACGUUCCUCUCUCAUUCUGCUCUCUGCAGUUUAGUUAAGUUUUAUUCAUUCUGAAGUGGUUUUGUGAUAUAGUACAUCAUAUCCAUCAAAGUUGAUCUGAAUAUAUAUAUUGACAUUUGUUGUUAAUUUGGAAAUUCUCAGUCAAACAAAAUAAAAUUCAUUGUAUUUAUGCAUAUUUUUCAGUCUUCCCAUGUGCACCAGAUAAUUAUUCUCCAUAUAAAACACCUCUGAGAGUACGCCAUAUCCUCAGCAGGCAACCAUGUCAAUGUGAAGCUGGUGUCUCCAUUGUCACAGGUUGAUGUCAUGAAAGUUGUGUUUACAAGCUAUAUUUACACACACAGUUGUCCAUGGUAAAUAGUGAGCAGAAUCAGAUGGUCAGUGAUGUCCUGCCUCAGCAUGGACGGUGUGGGAACAGUGGUUGGUCAUCUGAAUUCAUGUUGCUAGCCACUGGUCAGACUGUCUCCAUACUGACACAGAUGAUCACUUAAGAAGACUUUAUUGUGUACUAUUGUGGUGAAUGCUACAAGUCAUAUACCUACUGUCCAGUUAUCCUCUUUGUGGCUCUGCAAACUGGGAGUGGUGGAAGAGGGAGCCUUUUUUUUUUUUUUUGCAGUUUAUUUUAUGAUGCUGUUAGUAUAGCCAACUAUGUAGCAUCAAAUAUUAGGCUAAUUGGUGAAUAAUGUGGCAGAAAGCUGUAAUGGCCUAUUCAAGGUACAGUCCCAGCUUUUUCCUGGAAGGACUGAGGGGGAAGAAAAAUGAAGAAUCUCAAUCUUAAUGGCUGGUACCCCAGCUAAGAUUCAAAUAAAUUUUCGUUGGAGCUUGAAGAUUUUUUUUCUCGAUAUAAAUAAGCAGCCAAAGGAUCCAAACAGGAACUGUCUGUGUUGCCACCAUGUUGACAGCACUCAAAUGCUAUGUGGCCACAUCAUCCAGACCUGUACUUGGACAGGAGGACCCUGCCGAUGCUCCUUGCUAUGAAAUGUCCCCAUUAUCCAUCUGAAAUCUUAUUCCUCAACAGAAAACCGAGCAUUACUUUUGAAUACUCCAUAAGUUCCAAACUAUUAUUCAUACAGUUGAAGCAGAGCAAGCACAUUCAUUACAUCUGGCCAAUGACGAGCAAAAGGUUUAUGACACAACUGAAAAUAAUGCAUCAUAAAGUAAUAUGACACAUGGAAAAGAAAUGUUAUUGGACAACAGCAACAAAGAGUUCAGUCUUUGCAACCAGCAUGAUUGGGAAUUUAAACAACAAUAUUGAAAAGCAGUAUGGAUAUUACAAACAGACAUGAAGAAAGAGUCCAGACUUCUAAAUGCCAAUCAAAAAUAUCUGCCAAGGACAUUUAUAACAUAUUAAAAAAUAGCAACACAUCCCUUUAAACAAUGUUAUUAUGUUUCAGUGGUUCAAUCGUGACAAUUUAUGUACUUUUAAAUUAAAGUCAUAAGAAAUUUCGAAAUGUCAAAUUGCAUGACUGUACUUGCUUAUUCAAAUGAUAUAAAAGAGAUAUUACAUAGAUCUGCCAUGAUAUUUACCAAUGAUUGAACAUUUAAAUUAGUAUGAGUGUUAUCAAUUCUGCAGAGGGAAGUUGAUAGGAAAUCAUGCAGUUUGUAAUGUUUCAGCACGAACAUCCUUUACUAAAUUGAUUCAUGUUUACUACAACAUAUUGAAUAAAAUCAGCAGUAAAAUGAACUGUAUUUAAAUAACAUUCUGAAAUGUUGUAUAUUAUCCUUAAUAACAAAAGUGGUGAUACAUGUCAUAUAAAUAUACAGAGCCAAUUCCAUUUCUGAGUGUGCCCACUGGACAUGUUGUAUAUCAAGAUGAUGUAAGGAGUCAGUCAUGUGAAUUGGAAACAAUGUUAAAAUUAUAUUCAGGUGAUCAUGUACAAACUAAUAUGAAAUAUAAAUAUGGUACAAUAUUCCAGUAAAUAAAGUACCAAUUAUAAUUCUGAAUAAUCAUUUCAUACUCGGAUACGAAGAUGGUAGAAUAUAAAGAUAUGCAGUUAUCAAGGGCAUGUUUAUGCUAAAAAGAUGAUGAUGUUGAUGAAGAAAUAGAAUGCAGUGACUGUAUCAUAUGUUUAUUUUAUGUGACUGUUUUUCAGUAAAUUUAAUAUAUGUACAAUUCACUCUUAUAUUAAGCUUAUUAUACCAGCUUCCUUGCAACAAUAGUUCCCUUCUUCAUGCAGGAUAAUAUGUCCUAACCUUUAUUACACAGGCACCAGAUUGAUUAAUAACACAAUUGUAAUGUAAUAUGGAACCACUGAAUUCGCCAGAAUAUUGUGAAGAAUUGCCUUCAAUAGGUCUAUGAAAUACAUGGGUAAAAUCCAACUGGUUUGCAUCUUGCGCACUGUAUGGGAUGACAUCCAAAAACAGGUCUUAUUAAUAGAUUUAGCAUUCCUUGGAGUCAGACCAAACAGUAAUAUUGAUACUGAUGCAUGACCUAUACUACUGUUGAUUGUACCCAUUAAACUUCCUUUUUUCAACUGUUCUUUCCAUGAGUUUGAUUUGUUUCAUUUUGGUCCGUCCAUGUUCUUUCCAUGUAUUUAAUGGUCAUCUAGGGGACAUCCAGCUAAUGGAAAUCUCUUUAUCAGUAAUGUUACUUAAUAAUUGAUUAGAUGUUCUGGUUGGUGCUGAAGAUGCUCUUGUCCCUGAAACAUCAUUAUAUUCUACAACAGGAUUUCCAGAAUCUCACAUUUUAUUACUUCAUUAAUAAAUAUAUAUAUAUAUGUGUGUGUGUUUGAUGUGCCCUAUAUUGCUGUCCAAACUUUGUGUCUAAAGACAGAUUUAUUUCCUAGUGAAACCAGAAAGUUAAAAAAUAAGAGGACUUUGAGCUUACAAGGAAGGAUUUACAUUGUGUGGCAUACCAGCUAAAAAAAAAUCUUAAACAAGUUUUUCUGAAAAUAAUCAAAAUCCUGGUGAAGACGGAAUACAUCUUUUUGUAUAAUGCCAUGGUAAUCAGAUCUCCUUCCGAGAGCCUGUGGGUUCAAUAAUGAACAUUUUUCCAGGCUCCAUCAAGUUCUGGAUGAGGAGUUUGAGAAGAAGACGUAUGAGGUCAACAGGGUGUUUAAUGUUGCUGAGACAGGCCUCUGAAUAGCUCAGUCCUGACAGCUAGACAUUGUUACUUUAACAUGGAUAUGUGAAGUUGCAAUGAUAAAAACAGUGGAAAGGGGUUCCUUUAUUACACAGUUUCUUCAUAAGUGCCAGGGUAAUCUAUGCCCCCCCAUACCCGCUUGUUUCACCGGAGUUUCAGAGCACAGUUGAAGAAAGGUGCUUUACCAUCUAUUUUUGGCUGGCAUCCAUGAGGAUGGAUGCGAACCACCUGUGCUCCUAUUUAACGUAGACAGUUCUUACACUAAAAAUCUUAAUGUCACUGAUAUCAUUCAAGAAGGGACUGACCACAGGAAAUGUCACUCAUCCCACAAAUCAGCUGGCUCUGCUUGCAUUAUCACUGAUUUUCAUAUAAGACUGGACUUAAGUGUGCACUGAGAAGGAAAGAAUACAUGGGGAUGAAGAAAACUGAGGGGGUGAAAUCAAAGUCAGCUGAAAACGUAAACCACCCUGUUUGUGGCACAGCACCACAGAAAUCACAUAUUUUUUCCCCCAGAAGAAAGCUACACAUGGAUAAAUCAGAAGUCUGCUCUUCAUAAUCAAACGUGGUAAUGCAAUUGUAGGAAGGACAAAUGAGCCAAUAAUGGGAAUUGUUUUGAGGAACGUGCAAACCCAAAUAAUCAUGCAGUGUGUAUGGUCCUUAUUUCAACGUUUUUUGAAGACAUUUCAAAAUAAUGGAUCAUUCGUCUAAUUUGUAAAGAUUGGGAGCAUAUCACAUGCUCAGAUAUGGAGAAAUUGGAGCGUUUAUGUGACUUUUAUAUAAAAAACACCUUUGCACUAACACUUAUGCUUGGUAUUGUAUGGUAUAAUACCGUUGCUAUGCAGCGAUCAUGAGAAGGAACAUGCAUUGCUUGGUAAUGGCUGGUAAACACAUCAGUAUCCAAGGUAUUUGCCAGGCAACCUCCCAUAGCAACAGUAGAGGGAUUGUUAGAGUGCCUAAGAAUAUAACUGGGCCACCCUGUUCCUGGGAGAUGUAAAUACCUGGCCCUUCAAUUUGGGGGAGUCUCGAACCUGAGACAGUAAAAUAUGGUCAUGGGCUCAGACCAAAGAAUGACUCUGCUGGCGAGAACCGGCAGAAAUUGUAAAUUACAGGCCCAUCCUCUCAUCAGAAAGGAUAUUACAUAAGGAUUAUAACUGAAAGUGUUCAGUUGAAAAAAAAAAAUACUGAUUAUGGGUCUUAAGGGGCUUGGCACCAAGAUGAACUGAUGGGCAGUAAGCCAUCAGUCUUAAAGCAACUCUGCCGAAGGAAAUACUGUUGAGUCAAAUGACAUGAAGAAGUCCGAUGGUGAGUGAGAGAGUUCAGUUGUCAGUUGAAAGUCAGCCUGUGAAGAGUACACUAAGAGGAUGAUGUGAAAUGGCUGCCAGCCUGGAACCCAGUUAGUCGAGUUAUCAGUUGACAAGAGUUCUGCACAGGUCUGUGACAAGAGGACCUGAGUGCCGGGAGCUGAAGAAUCUCCACUGUUUUAAAUCUGUUACCAGGAAGCGGCUAGUGGAGAUUGUAAUAGAUUGAGGACACUAGUCUGUGUGUGUCAGUGAUCUGUAAAGUUUAGUUUCAAGUAGUGUAUACAAGUGGUCAAUAAAUCCAGGAUCCAAUCUAUAGCCACACCCCUGAAUACAUUACAACAUUUUCUCUUACUUAAUGUUUGUAUGCAAGUGUUUCUCUGAAGAUUUUGUGUCUUUAACCAUCCCAUCAUAUUACCAUACAGCUGGUUAAUAGGGACAGUUACAUAUUUGAAUAAAAUAACUGUUUCAAGUCAUCUGCUACAUAAGAAAUAAGUAAUAAACUUAGAGUUAAAUUACCAUUUAAAUUGCCCACAUCUUUCAGCUCUUACAUGGUAUACUAUUGGUAUUCUAUUUAAAUGAAUUUUAUUUGUUUUUAUAAUACUGUAUUCAGAAUUUACCUCCUUCCCUCUAUAAAGAAUUUCCAAUUGCAAGUCUAGGAGCUUCCCAUAUAACUUCAUUGUUUCUGGUGAACGUAUAGUUUAAAUCGUGCAACAGUGCACUUUCAUAAUCACAGUUGACUGGUGGAAUAAAUUAUUUCCUGGUUUCACAUAGUUCUGUCCCAGCCAAGUGAGGUCUGCUUAUAAACUGCACUAAUACUCUUGUAUGGCACAUACAGUAUUACACUCUUCCACCUAAAGUAAUAUGCUGACAACUUGCCAGUUGAUUCACAAUCAUUGCUAUCAUUUGCCAUCUGCACAUGCCUGAUACAAUCAUAAUGAUGAAUCACGCAUGUGUCACAUAUGAGUGUAUGCACUAACAUGGCCUGUCACUACAUGACAUGUGCUGACUAUUCUUUAAAUAUGUAGACCACCAAGAAUGACUCAGUAUGAGAUAGUUUAGCCAGGUACUGAAUAACAGUAAGAAGAGAGGAAAGGGCUGGCAAGAAACUAGAAUGAAAGAUUGUGGGGGAAAAAAGAAGAAAGUGGAGACCAUCUCCCACUGACCUGCAUAAGUGGAAAUCGUGACAGAAGAAGAAAUAGCUUUAUGCAUUUCCAGCUAAUGAAUCAUGUUAGUGUAACCAUUACAUUUGAUGUACAGGACAUAUAACUACAUGAUUUUCAUUUGUAUUUGUAUGGACUUUGGCCAAAUUUCUUUCUUUAAGGUAUAUGUGAGGGGGAAGGUGUAUGUGUAAGCUUUCAUGUUCCACUCCAUCUCAACUUGUGGCCACAUGACCAAUUUUCGGUCAAUUUUGUAUGGACAUUAUGCCAUUAGUGACCACCCUAACAUCAUAAUUUUUUAUUUUCCACAUUAGCAGCACAGGAUUUUUUUUACUGAAGAAACCUAUAUGAGUUUUACCAUAACUGUCUACAGUUUAGUUUGUUUUGCGUCUUUUAUAUUGUGGACUUCUCUAUAUAAUCCUCCUCCUCCUCCAUCUUCUUGUUCCAGCUCAAGAAUUGGGUCAUACAAGAAGCAAUUUCUGGCAUUCAGAAUUUUGAAACGAUCUUUCCAUCUACUUCAACUCUUCUCAUGUCUCCCUGUAUAAUCAUAUCAUUAAACAUUUGUAGUAACAUAACUGUUUUAAAUGUAGUUUUUGAAAUUUUCAUAAAGAGCAUCAUAGACAGAGUUAUUUAGAAUGAAUGUGUCAAACUUCAUGUGUAAAUGAUCAAAUGAUUUCCAAAUUUUAGGGAGUUUAAAAGUAAAGGCCUGAUAAAACUAUACUUUGAGCUUCAGUUAAUGUAAGGACAAAUGCAAACAAAUUUAAAUUACUGCAAAGCUUGAAUCUGUACCCCAAAUAUGAAAUUCACUGAAACCUACUGAGUUAUUUUGGAAAUGAAACAUGCAUAUGGGCAGACAGAUGAUCUCUUCAUGAUAUAUGUUUUGCUUGUACUUUAAGCCAAGAACUCAAGAAAUAGUCACUAUAUUUUACUUUAUAUUAUGCAGAGGAAAUAAUUGUGUAUAUAUUUGUACAUUUUUGUCCUUGGUUUUUCAUAGCCGGAAUUUAAUGUGUAACUUUGGAUUGCAGGAGGAUGGCAACUGUAGUGUUUGCUGAAAUGGGAAAUAGUCAACUUUUGACAUGGCUCAUUCAUGAAAGCCAAAGUGAAACAUAUAUCUGCUAUCUUUUAAUGUAAUGGAUGAAUAAGUCCUGCACAAGAAAUUUUGGCACAGAAGUCUAAAUAGAUAUUACUAAUAAAUUAAGUCUGUCUAUUACAAAUUUGGACACCUUAAAAACUACAUGAAGCAAAGUACAUGAGAAAUAUGUAGCAGCUGUUGUAAGCUUAGGCUUCACACAAACUCUGACCAGAAGGAGAAAUGAGGGAUAAUGGUUAACUGCAAAUAGGCAUCUUGGGCCAUGCAUCCCUAGUUCAGUGUGUUACACAUUGUGAAACAGCCUGUACAUGCCUUCUUGGUUACCUUAUAGUUAUCUCCUAUUCCUCCUACCUAGAUGGUUUCCCUUCUACGUCCUCACUAUGCCCAUCAGCAGGACCUAGAAAUGUGCUGAAAAGUGCCCCAUUUAUUUGUGGCUUGGAUUUUGAUUCUGUAAUUAGGUCUUUGGACUGCAAUAACAUCUGAUCCUGAUUCAUUAGGGCCAGUUAUUUGGGGCCAUGAUGCAAGUGUCAUGAAUAUCCAAAUUGUAUUUGGCCACGGCCUUUGUCUUUUAGCUAUUGCUGUUACAGUCACCCCCCCCUUGUAUUCCCUUUCUGGGAUUUAAUUGAUCAAUUAACCAUAGAAUUGGAAUCACAGCAAAGUCUGUGGUCAUAGCUGUAAACAAAAGCACUUACUGCAUAUGUUAUUGCAUCAUUAUUCUUUUGUACUUUGUUUAUUUCUCUAUUGCAUGCUCAUUGAUUUCUGUUACAACCGUGUCAUUGAUUUAUUUACUUGUACUGUAGCCUUAACUUGGAUGAUCCUAAGUAGCAUUCAACGAAGGGAAAGGAAGAAAGUAGUGAUUGAGCUGCCUUAUACCACCCCACAUUUCCCUAAUCUCUGUUUCAUUCUCUUCUGCAACAGCUUACACUAAGUAUUCUUUCUGUUGUUGCCCUAUUAAACUAUGUCUUUCAUUGAAGAAUAUUCUAUGGUAAAAUAUAUCUACUCCAUAAAUCAGAGUAUGUCAUAUGAGUAUCUUGGAAGGAAGAUCGUAUGUAAGUAUGUCUGAAUUUCGCACUGGCAUGUGGAUACCAGAAGUACCUGUUUGUUGAAAACAGGAUCCUUAGUAACUUUUUUAAAUUAUGUAACAAUUUACGUCAUCACCUGAUUAUGAUGCACCCUCAUUCCCUAGGAGAUAGGGUGUACAUGUAUGUUUAAUAUAACAUGAAAGUUUAUAUGCAAAACAGUUUCUCAAGGCUUGUUGAAAUGAAAAUCGUUUGUGGAUUGUUGUGGGUGAAGGAGUAGAAACUAUUAAAAAUAGUCCAUAUGGGUGUUGAAGCAGGCUUCCCAUUGACACAUUGGUUAACAGAACUUCUCCAUGAAUAACUCUUUGGAACCACUGCACAAAUUUAUAAUCCCCUGUGACCAUCCAUAUUUAACAUGGAUGGGUUUCUUCUGAACAACGCUCAUACACACAUAGUUUUAUCUGAACAUUAUGUACUUUUUUGCAAGAUACAGCACUGUACCACUGACACAUAAUAUACCAGGUCUUUCUCUGAACAGUGGUAACAUGAUAAUUCAGUUAAAAACACCUGUCAACCACAUUACAUGAAUUUACACUUCAUAAGUAUUUGUGUUUUAAUCAUUGCAUCUCAUUCACUGAUGCACAAGAACACGUCAUGAUAUCUGGCAUCGCAAAGGUAAUAAUGAAACAUGUAUUUUUUAUACAUCACUCACUCACUCACAAAUGGAGCUGAGCCCAUCUUGAUAAACCUCCAAUUGUGCAG